AUGUCCCGCAUGCAGCGUACUCCUUCAAGAUGGCACACUACCCGCGCGUCUUGGGAAGAGCUCGAGUUCGCCGCUAGCAUGUGGGCUACCUUCCAAGCGGACGACCACUUUCCCAUAGUUGCUCAGUCCCCUCUAGUAAAUAGUCGGUUCUUCCCAAGUCCAGAGAAGACAAUUACCCCUGUCACCGAAACCCCGACGAACGAUACCCUAAAAGCUUCUGCCCUAGUUAUGGCAGAGAGUCCAACGUCUUCGCAGCCUGAGACUCCAAAGGAGCUGACUCUUUACGGUGAUAUUAUCCAGAGCGGGUCAUCGUCCCAGUCUUCUCAAGAUACUCAUCAACGCAACUUGACCCCAUCAUACCAGACCACACAAGAACAUGAUGUUAUCUUUGGCAUUGCGCUAGUCAGAGCUCAGGUACUCCAGAACCUGCCGACUUCGCCUCCAGACGCAUCAAAUACGCUCGCUACUGCGACUCCACCAGUCUUGCAUCCAUUCCGGCCAACUAAAAUGGCCUUGGCGCAACAGGGCCUCUUAGAAUCUUCCGCUCAUGGCUCUGACAACUCGAAGACAAGAUACCACGGCGACUCCAUCUCAUAUGUAGGCCAACUUUCCGACCUUCCCAAUGACAAAAAUUGCGCUCUUUUCAUUACCAAUAUCCCACAGAUCGUCAGUCAUUCGGACAUCUUCGAUAAAAUCGACGUCGGCGCCGUUUUUGCUCUACACAUUAGUCCCGCUGGUGGCACGCAUAUCACGAAAGCUGCCAAACUGGUCUUUAUGGGACCCGAGGCUGCACAUUUAAUGAUGGAGAAGACUAUCUGGAUGCGAGGUAAACGCUUGCGGCUCACGUAUAACAGACAUGGCUACCCUCGGAACGAUCGACAUUACAGCCGUGUGGUUAUAGUCGAGGGACCAGAACGGGUAAUGGAACUUGCCACAUGGGAGAGAUACUUCAGAAACUACUCCGAUCUAGUAUACGACCGAGUCCUCGACGUUGAAUGCGCGACUUCGAGCCACAAAGCUUAUGCCUUCCACUUUUCACGCGUCGAUGGCCAAGCUGAGACUUGCUUCCGGGCAAUCAAAUCUGAACCUUCCUUCCAGGGCUACAUCACUGUGCGAUACGGUCAAGAUCCCUGUGGAGCAUAG